AGGGCAACGCAAACAGAGCGAGGCGGGGCGGCUGGAGACGGCAGCGGAGGGAGAGGGAGAGGGAGCCGCAGCCGCCCCGCCACCAUGUCCCGGGAGCCGCCGCUCUCCGCGCACCACGGCCGGACACUCCACACCCAACCUGCGGAUGAAUGCGGAGCACAGGCUGAGACCCUCCCGGAGUUGUGCUGCUCUCUGACCGGAGCUCAGACUCACCUGGUCCCGCCGGAGGGUCCCGGGACGCGGCGGAUUGCGGGCGACCCGCGCAGGGAGGCGGAGAGUGGCCGCAGCUUCGCCCGGACAAUCUCGCUAAACAGGUCUGGCCCAGAUCAUCCCACUGUGACCCGUGAUGUUGUACGCCAAUACCUACAGCAGCAGCCCAACCAGACUGUGCUCAUUCUACACGCUAAGGUUGCUCAGAAAUCGUAUGGGAAUGAAAAGAGGUUUUUCUGUCCUCCGCCAUCCGUAUACCUGACUGGCCCAGGAUGGAGAAUCAAACAUGAACAGCUGAAAUCAUGUGGCCUUAGUGAUUCGAGCUGCAGACUCUGCGGUUACAUGGGCUUGGAUAACGUGGUGACCAGUCAAGCAGAUGCAUUGAAGGUCAACUUUGAAGAACUGCCAGACUCACAGAAGUUUGGCUGUGCCAAAGCGUUGUAUGUUUCCGACGCCGACAAACGCAAGCACUUUCGGAUAGUUUUACGUCUUUUUCUCGGCAAUGGCCAAGAGGUCGGGACCUUCUACAGUAAGCUGAUCAAAGUCAUUUCAAAACCUUCCCAGAAAAAGCAGUCCAUUAAAAAUGCUGAGUUGUGUAUUUCGUCGGACUCCAAGGUGGCUUUGUUUAACCGCCUGCGGUCUCAGACGGUCAGUACGCGUUACCUGUGCGUGGAUGGAGGAGAGUUCAUCGCCAGUGCACGACAGUGGGGAGCUUUUACUCUACACUUGGACACCGACUCCUGCCAGAAGGGCGAAUUCUAUCCCCGUGAUGGAUAUAUCCGAUACGGAUCAGCAGUCAAAUUAAUCUGCACCACUACUGGAGUGUCCCUCCCCAGCAUGAUCAUUCGGAAGGUAUACAAGCAGUAUGCAGUGCUGGAUGUCGACGAACCUGUUUCUCAACUCCACAAGUGCGCCUUCCAUAUCAAGGACACUAGCAGGAUGUAUCUGUGCCUCUCCAAUGAGAAGAUCAUACAGUUCCAGGCGAUGCCUUGCUCUAAGGAAGCCAACAAGGAAGUGUUGACUGAUGGUGCCUGCUGGACAAUUAUUGGUACCGAGGCCGUGGAAUACACAUUCAGUGAGAGCCUCGCUCAACUGCACUCUCCAGUCACCCCUGUUCCUGUUAUCAACAGCCUUGAGCUGAAUGGAGGAGGUGAUGUGGCAACGUUAGAAAUCCAAGGAGAAAGCUUCAGCCCUGACCUGAAGGUGUGGUUCGGUGACGUGGAGGCAGAAACAAUGUACAGAAACCCCAAGUCGCUCCUGUGCGUGGUCCCUGACAUCAGCUCAUACAGCAGUGAGUGGCGUUGGCUUCGUCAGCCCAUCACGGCACCCCUGUUCCUGAUGAGGAGCGAUGGGCUCAUCUUCUCCAGCACCUUCUCCUUUACCUACACCCCCGAGCAGAGUUGCUUUCCCAGCCAGAGGGUGGUCCGAGAAACCCCCGAGGAUUCCGACAACUUCCUCAACACCAUCCAUCAGGAGUUCACUCGUACCAACUUUCACCUCUUCAUGCAGAGCUAACAGGGGACGAGCGCAGCUCUCCUUCUACUGCAUUGUAUCCCGGGUCAUGUUAAGUCCUAGUCACCAUCACCCUGAGAUCACUGACCUGCACUGGCCACUGGUUAGACAACACCUCGUUCUUAAAGUUCUCAUCCUUAUGUCCAAAUUCCAUCCCCACUGCCACCGCUCCCCCACCCCACCAUGAGCCAUUGCCUCAAUUCCCUCCCCAGAUCCAGAACCACAUCGAUCCCGACAAGUAUUACAAGCCUCUGCUCUGCUCUACCCGCCUUUCAGGGGCCCGUUCCGACCCAUCCGAAUCCCACUCCCCUUCCUGUGGUUUGGCAUUGAUUUUUGGUGGCAGCACCUCCCAUUGAGCACCUCCACAUGUUUUGCUCUGUUAGAGGACCUGUAUAUAACAAGUUGACGUGCUGAUUGAUGGGGAUCCCUAACACUGGAUCACAAUGCCAUGAACUAAAUCAUUCAGCAACAAAUAAGAUGCUGGAGGAACUCAGCGGGUCAGGCAGCAUCUGUGGAGGGAAAUGGGCAGUUGACGUUUUGGGUUGAGAUCCUUCAUCUGGACUGAAAGAUAGAGGAGAGGGAGCCGGAUUAAAGAGGUGGAGGGAAGGAGUGGAGCAAGAGCCGGCAGGUGAUGGGUGGAUCCAGGUGAGGAAGGCUGAUAGGCAGAUGGAGGAGGGGAGAGUGGGAAAUAGCGACAGAGGCCGGGAGGGGAGAGGUGGAGGUGACAAAGGGCUGAAGAUGGUCAAAUCUGAUAGGAGAGGAAG